AUGAACGACUAUCCGGCCGGCAGUCUCGACCACAACGUGCCGUUCCUGUUGACGCUGGGCACGCGCACAGAUACCCCGUACGAUGCCGGUCUGCCCGCCAUACUAAAAGAGCAGGCCGUGCUCAUCCGCUCCGACUUGUCACCCCUCGAAACCGACCAGGCGCGCGCCCUGCUGCGCUAUAUCCAGGACCGCGAUGCCGCCGAGUCGCCCUGUAAUGGGAGGGAUGCGGCCGGGAGGAAAUACCGGUUCCGUAUCAAGACGGCUGAGAGGUCCCUGCUCCUCCCGCCGCGCCGUGCCCGCCUCCCAGAAGGCAUUGAACCCCCCCCGCCGUCCGCCGUCCUGCACUCGCCCUACUCCCCGCUUAGUCCCAUCUCCCCGCUAUACCCCGACGGCCUGAUCGAUACGCAGUGGCUGCGCAAACACCAACACUACAUCCCCAGCGUGCUGCUCUGCUUCUAUGCGCUCACGUCCGACCCGAGCCUCGCGACGCUAUGUGACAACCAGAUCAAAACCGACGUGAACAACAUCAGGGCCCUGCUAAGCCAGUCCGGUUAUAAGACGCGAUUGGCCGUGGUGCUCCUGAGCGACCAUAUCUCGUCCACUUCUUCUUCUUCUUCUUCUACCGACGUCACACAGGAACGGCUGGAAACCAUCCGCAGGGGCUGCGCGUUGGACUCCAAGGCCUUGUUCCUGGUGCCCUCGAGCGACUCGCAGGACGAACUGGAGCGCGUGGCGGAGAACAUGCUCACCACCCUCUACAGCGUGUCCGUGGAGUACUACCGGGACUUGGGGCGGCAUUCGCGGAAGAAACGGGGAAGAGGCGUGGUUCCGCAGCCGACUGUCCCGCCUACCUCGGGCACGUCACAAACGCUCUCGCUCGCAGGGUGGAACGUCCGGUACGAUUUCAAAUCGGCCGUGUUCGCCGAGUACCGCCUGGAAAUGGACGUCGCGCUGCGCUCGUACGAGCAAGCCUACGAAAACCUACUAAGCUCCGAAGUCAUGGAGCUGAUCCCGAGCUGGAACCCGCGAUGGAACGACGCUCGGUUCCUGGCCGACGUGGCGGCCAUCCGCUGCCUCCGCUGCUUGCUCUGGAACGGACAACACAGCGCCGCAGCCCGGCGAUGGUUAUCCCACCGCGAGCGAAUCGCCGACUUCGUAGACCGCCGAGGCCGGGGCACCAACAACUACGGCUGGGCAGCUUGGGAAGCGCGCUGGGCCAUCAUCAUGGCCGACCUCAUCAACCAAGUCGACAUCCCCGAACUCGCCGCGCCAACACUCCGCCUUUACCUCCCGCCCGAGAAGAGCGCCAUGGGCGAGCGGCUGCAGCCGUGGGAACUGCUCCAUCACACGGGGUACUGGUACCGGCUCGCCGCGCGACACACAAAAACCAGAAAAGCGCACGCCCGGGCGAUUCCGGACGACGACAGGCGGUCGCCGAGCGCGUCGCCGGCUUCACACGUGGCUAAAGCGGCGUUUGCGUAUGACACGUACAUGUGCCCGGAGCCGUACGAGGAGUACCCGCUGGACCGGGAGGGCGUGGACCAUGGGAAGAUUAUUGUUGGGUUUUUGAUGCGAGCGCGGGAUGAGUUUUUGAAGAGACGGCAGUUGAGGUUUGCGGCCGAGGUGUCGUUGGAGUGUGCUAGGGAGUUGUUGUUUGCUGAGGAGUGGGAGAUGAUUGUGGAUAUUUUGCGGCCGAUACGAGAUGAACUGCCGUUUCGGGCGGAGGGUUGGAUCAGUAUUGCUGAGGAGCUGAAUUGGGGGCUGAGGACUGCGGGGGUGCAGGUGGAUGAUGCUGAGUUGGUUCUCCUGGCGGAUUGGGAGCUGCUCUCGCGGGAUUUCAGGAGACGCCCCAAGUGGCAUUACGACAUCACGCAGGCCCUAGAGGACGUCGAGGUCACAGCCAAACCGAGCGUGUCAAUCCGGGAUGGGCAGGUACUGUCGUUCGUUUCCGCCUCGUUCGUCUUUAGAGAUGAAGAAGGCAAGGCCGGACAAGGGGUCCGCAGCCAGCUCUCGAUCAAGUCGGAUGCGCACCUCGACUCGACGCCUGUGGUGCUCAGCACGGUGUAUCUCAGCUUCAACGGCAGCCUCGAUGGUAUCAUCCUACGGCACAAGGAGAAGAAGGGCUCUAAGCAACGGGCUCGGGCCAAAGCGAGCUUGAGCACCGUCUCACUGGCGAAACAGGAGAACGAGGGACCCGAGGCAGAGACGGAAACGGGAAGCGAUGUCGACAAGGGCAUUACGCUGGUGGGAUCGGCCGACUUGACCUUGUACCCGGGACGGACGCUGGUUUUCAACCUGGAGAUUCCCUUGCGGGAGCCGGGCGAAACGCGGGCGGAUUCGCUCACCAUCAACGUCAACACCGAGAGCUUCGACCUGCGGCAGUCGAUCGCCUUCCAGGAGACUGCGACCCCAAAGCCUUGGUAUGUUUCUGCAGUCACCGUCAAGCAGGUCGCGCACCCUGAACCCCUAGCGAUUCGCGUCGCCCCCAGACCCCCCAAGAUGGAGGUCAAGCCCCCGGCGCUGCGGGAGCAAUACUACACCGACGAGCCCCUGAGUCUGGCGUUCGAGGUGGAGAACGGGGAGGACAUCGAGGCUGUGGCCAAGUUGGAGGUUGUCCUGUUUGGCGAGAAACCCCCCCUGUUCAGCGUUGUGAUUCCCGGCCAGGAGGACCGAACUGCGUCUAGCGUACGCAGCGAGGAAAGCAGGCUCUCGGGCGCAUCGCUGGGCACCAUUCCCAGCGCGCAGUCCCUCGCCGUCCGCCUCGUCAUCCCCCCGAUCGAAAGCUCCAGCCGCUACGACCUCACUCUCAAAGUAACCUACUUCCUGUCCACCAACCCCGGCACGCCCAUCUCACAGACCGCCGUGUUUCCCCUCAACAUCGUCAACCCCUUCGAAGCCAACUACGACCUCCUCCCGCGCGUCCACCCAGACCCCUGGCCCAGCCUCUUCGACCCCGACAGCGUCCCGUUUCCACCUACCGACGACGACGCCGAGGGUACCACCACCUCCCAGCCACCGAAGGGCUUAUCCCAAGGCUGGGCCCUCGUCACCCGCUACGCAUCCUUUGCUUCCGAGCCUCUCCGCAUAACAGACGUCGACAUCGCCGUGCAGCCCUCCCCGCACUUCCGCUGCGCCACCACCGCCAAACACACCGCCAACAUCCCCGCUUCCGGCGCAGGCCGUCUUAUCCAUCCCAAGACGAUGGAAGAAGCGGUGUUUACCCUGGCCGCGCAGAAACUCACUGUCGACGACCGCGCCCAUGUCCCGUUGGAUAUUUCUCUCGUUAUCAAAUGGGCUCGCCCAGACGAUCAUGAUCACGAUCCCACAACGGCCGAAAGCCCCACCAUCAACACCACCACCCUCCCCAUCCCCCGCUUCACCAUCUUCGGCACCGAACCCCGCGUCCUCGCCAGCGUAACCCACCACUACCGCCGGCGCAGCCCCAACCCUAACCCCAACCCGGACGAGAUAGUGACCCUCCUAACAACGCUAACAAUAACAAUCGAAAACGCCUCCAACCAUUUCCUAACCUUUGGUCUGGCCAUGGAACCGAGCGAGCAAUUUGCCUUUUCGGGACCGAAACAGACUACGUUGAGCUUGCUGCCUGUGUCCAGGCGGAGGGUGGGGUAUCGGUUGGUUCCUUUUGAUGUGCCUGCUCCUGGUACUGCUGAGGGUCCGGGUGCGGGUGGUGGGAGUACCGAGGGAGUUGGGGAGGGUACGGAGGGCAAGGUAGGAGAAGGGAGGGUAGGAGGAGGAGAUACAACAACCACAACACCAAAAGGCCACUGGAUCCGGCCGGCGCUGGUAGUAAGGGACAAGUAUUUCCAAAAGGUGCUGAGGGUGAUUCCUGCUGGGGAUGGGGUGAGGGGGGUUAAAGAGGGAGGGUUUGAGGUUUGGGUGCCUCAUUUGAGCUAG